ACAAAACAUGGAGGAAGAGAUUCAACACCGUAAUCUGUCAUAUUUUCGCAAUAUUUCUUGCUGAUUUGCGAUAAACCUUGUAAAAACAACACACCUACGUAUUUGUACAUGACACAAAAUGUAAAUCAUGCGAGGUAAACGAUUAACGAGAUCUAACAAGGCUUCAAAUGCCGUGGAAAGUGGAAACAAGUCUUCAGAUAGUUGGACAGGAAAGCACCUGUCUAGACGAGCUGACGAGACGCUCACUUUUGUGACAACAUCUACUCCAGCUAAACAGUCAACGAGGACGUGUAAUGAUACAACAUUAAGUGAUACUGAUGAUGACAUCUCCCUUGCUCUGCGUGAUACGCCAACUGGUCUUCGGAUGAAAGGGUAUUUCCGAGAUGAAUUUCUAUCAUCACAAGCAGCAGACUCUCAACUGGAUGUUCGAUGGGAUCAUACAUCACCAGAUGCAUAUAAGCAUCUGAAGAGAGUUCAUAGAAAACCCGGAUCUCUACAAGACAAGGAUGACUUGUCAGAUAUUGUAUGCAGGCUGGCCCCAGCUGUUGGUGCAAAUGGUGAAGAGUUUGAGACAAUGUCCAGCACUCCACCUCUGUUAUGCUCCUGGCUCCAAGCCAAUAAAGCUACCAGCCAUAACAUGCCUUUUGAAGGACAAAUCUUUAAGGGCAACCACAGAUUUAAACGUGGUGUGAAGAAAAAGAAGAGAUCAAAUGUUCAGAAAUUUGAUGAUGUUCUCAGUAAUCUCCACCAGUGUUUAAACAGACUUGAUGAUGAAGAAAAUGAGAGAGAAAAUCAAAGGUCCAGCAAGUCUUCUACUGACAGUGAGGAUCAAAACAAAAAUGUUCUCAAGUCUCAAAGAAGAUUAAAUAAUUUAAAUCCUGCCCACACGAUCGGGGAGUCCAGUCUCUUGCCAAAAGAUGCAGCCCAGGCUUUGUUGGAUGAGGAGGAAGAUCUGUGGAGUGAUGACGAACUCUUUGAAGACAACUCCUUCAUCCUUCAAGCAACUCAACUCCCAGUGGAGAAGAUUGCUCGCUUCACACCAUCACUCUUUGCAGGCAAACGCAAACAGAUGUCACCAGUGUUAGACCAGCCCAAGAAUAAGACAAAAAGAUGUGCUGCAUCUCCAGAAUGGGAGAAAGAGUCCUGUUGCAAUGAUGUUAUUCCCCCAACCUGUGCAACAAGGUCAAAUAUCUUGACUCAUGGUAAAAAGAGCACGUCUGGAGUGUCCACACUUAAUCAGAAUGGCCUCUCUAAUAAUGAACAUAAUCUGAGUGGUAAGACACACAUAAAUGAAAACAACAAUGUGGUCUAUAGUAGACAAGUUUCAUGUGGCUUUUCCACAAUGGGUGAUAAGAACUCUGAGAGAGUGUCCAGAAGAUCUACAAGUCCUUUCAGAAAGCACAGUAGUUUCUCAGGGUAUGAAUCAAAGAAUACAGAAGCCGAAUCAGACAAAGCAAGCAAUGGCUCUACCAGCAGCAAAUCUCCCUGGAGGAAGACCAGCAGCUUUUCUGGAAGAGGUGCAUCACAUGCUCCUGUCUCUAAACCUGCCACUUGUGGUAGUGGGGCUCAGAGUUCCUUGUUUCGGGGACAGACAGCAGCCAAGAGUGUUCCAAGUGCAUCUAAUGUCGUGAGCAACUGUAACAGACAGUCCACAGUGAAACUAGCUGGACAAAUGCCUAAGGGAGCAGCUCCUCCACAAAAUACUUUUCCUGCCAACAAAAAGGUUUCUCCUAGACCCAGCUAUAAGAGGAGUAAUCUUGACACUAGUUGGUCUGAUGAAAUUCUAAAACAAUUAGCUGAGCCAGAUGAAGUUUUGGAAAGUCAAGUGAAUACAGCCCCUGUUGCCAAGGUUGUGUCUGAUAAGUCCUUUGAAGAAUAUGCUGAUUUCUUUGAUUCUGACUGUGAUUUCAGCAUUAAUGAGACAAUUGUAAGUGAAAACACUACAAAACAUUCCAAUGAUGCAAAGUGUUUGGACUCUAAAAGAGCACAAACAUUAAGCGUUAGUACAUUACCAAAAAGAAACUGUGACACAUUUCCACAUCAAAAGUUGACAAAUAAUGUUUCAACUAAACAAGUAGCUUCAAAACGCUCUCCCAAACACUCAAGCAAUCUUGUUCCAGUAACAAAUGGAGCUUCCAAAUGUGCUGCCCCAAACUUGACUAAAACAUAUUUUCCACCUGGGAAGACCUCUUCAAGCCAGUCUAGUACUCAAAGCAGGUACAGCUUUCGGUCUGCCGCUCCAAAGAAAACAAGUGCAUGUGUCAGCAACAGUACCAGUUCUUCUAAUAAUCUGUCCAAUACAACUGUGUUAAAGACAAAACAGCCAGUGGUUAGCACUGUGUCUGCAAGUGCAUCGUCAUCCAAACCGGCAGUAGUGAAGAGUGGGGCCAUGAACAGUUCCGUGUUAAGACCGCAGACAUCACAGAGAUCUAAUGCCAUGGCUGACAACAAACCUGGCCCCACAGAAGAUCUGCUGAGCACUCAGACGUUACUGGAGGAUGACUCGUUCCUAAAGGAUGAUGCUCUGUUUGAGUCCCAGAUAAUUGCCAUGCUGGAAGAGGUGGAAUAUGAGGCAACUCAACAACCUAAAUUAGAGACAAAUGAUGAUAAAAUCAGCUGCUCCCCUGAUGAGAUUGAACAGAAGAGGUUAGCAGCAAUUGCAAAAAGAAAGCAGAAGCUGAAAACCUGAAGAAAGGAUGACGUUGAAACCAGAAUGGUUUCCAUGUGAAAUAUCAGUGAUAAGAUGCCAAAGCAGCAGGACUGUCAAUGGAAGAACUACCCAGCUGUAGUCCUGUAUGCAGUGAGGAGAAUCAAGCCUGGCUGCCAUGUGUUGGGAUGAUGGGACAGUCAAUAGGAAGCCAUGAGGAACUUUACUCUAGCUAUGCCAAGCAUCUUUCUAAGAUUGUUCUUCACAUUAUUAUUGAUAAAGACCAUACCAUAUGACUGACAGACUGGAGCAUCUGGUUGCUUUUCAGACCUCAAAGGUUUGUUUGUACUAGAUUUCAUCAUGGCUUGUGUGUACCACAUGAUACCACAUGGGUUGUCUGUUACAGAUGAGACCACAUGGGUUGUCUGUUACCGAUGAGACCACAUGCCUUAUCUGUUCCAGAUAAGACCACAUGGCUUGUCUGUUCCAGAUGAGACCACAUUGGAUGUCUGUUCUAGAAGAGACCACAUGGCUUGUCUGUUACAGAUGAGACCACAUGGCUUGUCUAUUCCAGAUGAGACCACAUUGGUUGUCUGUUCUAGAUGAGACCACAUAGCUUGUCUGUUACAGAUGAGUCCACUUGGCUUGUCUGUUCCAGAUGAGACCACAUGGCUUGUCUGUUCCAGAUGAGACCACAUGGCUUGUCUGUUCUAGAUGAGACCACAUUGGUUGUCUGUUCCAGAUGAGACCACAUGACUUGUCUGUUACAGAUGCGACCACAUGGCUUGUCUGUUCUAGAUGAGACCACAUUGGUUGUCUGUUCUAGAUGAGACCUCAUGGCUUGUCUGUUCUAGAUGAAACCACAUGGCUUGUCUGUUCCAGAUGAGACCACAUGGCUUGUCUGUUCCAGAUGAGACCGCAUGGCUUGUCUGUUCCAGAUGAGACCACAUUGCUUGUCUGUUCCAGAUGUGACCACGUGGCUUGUCUGUUCCAGAUGUGACCACAUGGCUUGUCUGUUCCAGAUGAGACCACAUUGCUUGUCUGUUCCAGAUGAGACCACAUUGCUUGUCUGUUACAGAUGAGACCACAUGGCUUGUCAGUUACAGAUGAGACCACAUGGCUUGCCUGUUACAGAUGAGACCACAUGGCUUGUCUGUUCCAGAUGAGACCACAUGGCUUGUCUGUUCUAGAUGAGACCACAUGGCUUGUCUGAACCAGAUGAGACCGCAUGGCUUGUCUGUUCUAGAUGAGACCACAUGGCUUGUCUGUUCCAGAUGUGACCACGUGGCUUGUCUGUUCCAGAUGUGACCACAUGGCUUGUCUGUUCCAGAUGAGACCACAUUGCUUGUCUGUUCCAGAUGAGACCACAUUGCUUGUCUGUUACAGAUGAGACCACAUGGCUUGUCUGUUACAGAUGAGACCACAUGGCUUGCCUGUUACAGAUGAGACCACAUGGCUUGUCUGUUCCAGAUGAGACCACAUGGCUUGUCUGUUCUAGAUGAGACCACAUGGCUUGUCUGAACCAGAUGAGACCACAGGGCUUGUCUGAACCAGUUGAGACCACAUAGGUUGUCUGUGAUCACAUAGCUAGUGUGUUCCAAAUAAAACCAUGUUGGUCAGUCCAGAUCUGAUCACAUGGCUACUUGUUCCAAAUAUGGCCACAUGGCUUGUCUGUAUCGGACGAGACCACAUGGCUUGUCUGUACCAGAUAUGACAAUAUGGGUUGUCUGUACCAGAUGAGACCAAUUGGGUUGUCUGUACCAGAUAUAACCACAUGGCUUGUCUGUAUCGGACGAGACCACAUGGCUUGUCUGUACCAGAUAUGACAAUAUGGGUUGUCUGUACCAGAUGAUGUUGAUAAGGUUUGUCUGUACAAGAUGAAAUCAUGUCUGUCUCAAAUGAGAUUACAUGGUUUCCAAGAGUCCUUGAGUUGUCUGUACUGACCUUGAACCCAUACAGUGUCUAUACCAGCACUGAACAUAUGGCUUCUCUCUGCCACACCUGUGCACAUGAGCAAGCUGCAGCAGUGAAAGCACAGACUGAUGACUGCAGGUUAAUCCACCAAUGGAAUAUAUAUUGGUAUUAACUGACCUUGUGAAAUUAUUUGCUCUGUAUUAUAUCUACAGUGAUAAAGCUUCUUAUCAUGGACCCAAGAAGAUCCUGGUUAGAAUAGGUCUCCAGCAAACCCAUGCUUGCCUCAAAGGGAAACUAUGCUUGUCGUAAGAGGCGACUAACGGGAUCGGGUGGUCAGGUUCGUUGACUUGGUU